AUGACGUCACCGCCAGCUAAAGUCCUGCACGGAUUAAAGAUGGCGCCCUCUCAUGCGCUGAGGUGCUGUCAGCGGGUUUUGAACUGGGUACCUGUCCUGUUUAUAAACCUGGUUGUCGGUUGGUCUUAUUACGCUUAUGUUGUGGAGCUCUGUGUCUAUACAAUCCCAAAUAAUGCAGAACGAAUCAGCUUUUUGGUCAUCUUUCACAUUUUCCUCACCAUGUUUAUAUGGUCCUACUGGAAAACGAUUUGGUCCAGACCUGCCGGACCCUCGAAAGCAUUCGGUCUGCCCAGAGUAGAGAAGGAACUGUACGAAAGAGAGGAACGAGCCGAGACGCAACAAGAAAUUCUUAAGAAAGUGGCGAGAAAUUUACCCGUGUACACACGCACGGCGGGGGGAGCUGUCCGAUACUGCGACAGCUGCCAGAUUGUCAAACCUGACCGCUGCCAUCACUGCUCAACCUGCGAGAUGUGUGUGCUGAAAAUGGACCAUCACUGCCCCUGGGUGAAUAACUGUGUUGGAUUCUCAAACUACAAGUACUUUGUGCUUUUCUUGGCCUACGCCUCACUUUACUGUGUCGUCAUUUGUGCUACAGUCAUCAAGUAUUUCAUCAAAUUCUGGACAGAACAGCUGCCGGACACACACGCCAAACUCCACAUCUUGUUUCUGUUUUUCGUGGCUGCUCUGUUCUGUAUCAGCAUCCUGUCACUUCUCAGCUACCAUCUGUGGCUUGUGGGAAAGAACAGGACCACAAUAGAAGCUUUUCGGGCUCCUGUCUUUUCAAACGGUCAGGACAAGAAUGGGUUUUCUCUAGGCUUCAGUCGAAAUGCAGCUGAGGUGUUUGGAGACCAAGCAAAGUACUGGAUGUUUCCAGUUUUCUCAAGUCUAGGAGAUGGACAUUCCUUUGUUACCAGAUUGGUACACAUAGAUCCUGAACAAGCAAACAGUGUCCUCCAGCAAAAUGGCAAAAGCCCAGCUGAUGGAAAGGCCAACCCUUGUGUGCUUGGUAACAAUAUUCAACACACAGCGGACGACAGCAAAGAGAAAAUCGACGGAGGCCAGGUAGUCUCGGUGCAUAUGGAGAGUGAGCCAUAGCAGGUCGCAGGUACAUCUAUGACGCCUUAAACGGGGAGCAUCAGCACCUCUAGAGGAGCCGUCCUCCGCCCUCAUUAUGGGUUUGACAGUGCAGCCUCAAGACACCUGUUUUCUAUAUAUUUUAAACGGACCGUUCUUCAUCCAGCGUGCUUUAAAACAGCACCACAACAAUACUGUUGUCACGGCAACAUGGACUGUACAGCGGCCUCGCAGACUGCACCUGUCUGAGGUGAUUCACAGGUUUAAUCCUGUUUUUGAGCCAUAGACAUUCAAAUGAUGUUUUGCUAUUAUUGCAUCUGAAAAACUCUGGGACUGCUUUUUCCAUCUUGAGCCAAUGCACGUCUACAUUGUCUGUGUUUUUAUAUACAUGAAUUAAUCACAUGAUACAUUCCUACUAGAGAAACAACCUUUGUCAGUAUUAAUCCAGCAUUAAUAACUAAAAGAGAGCGAUGUGUAUAACUCAUAUGAAAUGCUGAGACAUUUCAACACUGUCAACAGUGUGAGCCAAAUGUCUCAUCAGUUUUAAACUCCAAGCACAGUGCACUUAUUAAGAGCAGCAGUCAGUUAUCAAAUUGUCUGAUUUAGUUUAUAUGGUUGGAAAUAUUUAAAGGGCUGUUUACACUUUUAAGAUUUAUUUUUUACAUUUCAAAUUUUAUACUGUGGUCAAAUGAAGGUAACAUGGGAUUAAAAUGUAAGGACCAAAAACUGUUUAAUUUAUUUUAAAAUGGUUUCAUCUCAUGUCAAACUAUUUAAAACACGUGUCCAAUAGUUGAGAGUAACUAUUAUCAAAGAGAUUUCCGUUUUUGUGUUACUGCACGAAUAUGCACUAUAGAUAUUUGUAAUUCUUUUUUUUUUCAAGCUUUUAUAAAUGAAUUGUCUUUCAGUGUAUUUAUUUUAUUGUAAUGAGUUCUUUGUUUUAUUUAUAUUUAAUUAGUUGUUUUAAUGUGUAUUGAGCUCUUCCACAGAAUGUUUUCACUUUCAUGAUCAAUCCUCUGCAACAGUGUGUGUUUGUUUUUUACUUAAACUUGUGUUUUAAUGCCAAUGAUUUAAAUCUGUCUUCUUUAUUGUUUGUUUGUUUUGGUUGAAAUAUAAGAUUAAUUUGAAGGUUAGAAAGUAGAAGCACAUAAUGAAACUCAAGGACAUUUGAUCCUGUGUCCUUGAGCCUGAACCAGGAUAGAUAAGGCAGACUUUAUAUAGCAGUAAUGAAAGAGUGGGGUGGUGUCAUCACAAUAGCUCAUCUCUGUGCUCCUGGCUGCUCUUUCAUUGUGUUACAUUCAUUUUAGCGGAAAUUAUACAACGCACAGUGUGUAGUUUGCCUUAGUGACCAGAAGACGAUGAUAAUAAAAAUGGUUAAUGUUACACAUUCUCACGGUAGUUUGAUAAAUAACUUCACCUACUGAACUUUGCUUAACGCAUCCCAAGCAGAUAGAGCUACUAAUGUAAUUAUGCCUGUAAACUAUUAUUCAUUGAGAUGAAACUGUUCACACAGGGUGACCUUCAUUGUUC